AUGUUGGAAUCGGCCUUGGAGAACAUCCUACUCCAAUAUCUGGCGCCCUAUGUCGACGGCAUUACGCGGGACUCCCUGCAUCUGGGGGUCUUCAGCGGCUCCAUCGAGCUGGAGAACCUGAAGGUCCGACCGGAUGCUUUGGCCAUCCUCGGUUGGGAAGGCUUUCGGGUGCACAGCGGCAGCAUCGAGCGGAUCUCUCUGUCAAUUCCGUGGACCCGGCUCUACACAGGCAAAGUGCGCGCCUUCAUCAAGUGCUUGCGCUUGGAGGUCGAAAGCCUCGCUGAGAGCGCUCAUGGCAAGAGUGAGGCGGAGCUUAUCAAGGAGAUGCGCGAUGCCAAGGAGAAGGCCAUCGACGUCCGCAUGCAACAGCUCCAGGACUUAGUUGACCGCAGCAAGGACAGCGACGAUGAAAACGCUGUCAGCGACAACGCCAGUCUUGGCAUGAACUUGGCGCGGAAGAUCCUCAACAACAUCACGGUGGUCUUGGAGGAUGUCCAUGUUGCUUUCAUGAACAGCCAGCGUGGGCUUGCAUGCUGCAUGGACUUGCCAAACUUGGCGGUCUUGUCUACAGAUAAGACAUUCCGCGAGCGGGAUGACUCAGAAG